GCCUGCCCGCCCCGCCCCUCGCGUCUCUUCUCCUCGGGUCUGCUCGCGCCGCCAUGUCGGUGCUGCGGCCUCGCGCGCCCCGCGCCGCGGCCCGGAAGCCGCCUAAGGCCCCGCGGAGGCCGCCCCCGGCCCGGCGGGACUGGGACAGUACUGUCCAUGAUUUAACAGUGCACCAGGCUACUCCUGAGGACAUAUUGCGGCGCCAUGAGAUACAUAAGUCAAAGAAUAAAGUGUUGGUGCACUUGGAGCUACAAGAGAAAGCACCGAAAAGAAAAAUAAAGAAGCAGAGGCAGGGGGCUCCUGAUUCCCUGGAGAAAAGGAAGUUGGCCCUCAUGCGAGAGAUUCUAUCUGACCAAUACCAGCUGCAAGAUGUGUUGGAACAAUCCGAUCAGGCCAUGGCUGUGGUGAAGGACUUGUUUGGGGAUGCUCCUCGCAGACACACAGGUUUCCCUAAUGUAACCAUGGCUCCUGACUGUGACCUGGAAUACUCCCAAAGUCCAAUUAUACAAAAACGUGAUCCUCCCACCCAGCUUUCCAUCCUCAGUGAGUCUGUCAUGGAUUCCCAGGCUCUUAAUGAAAUAGAAGGGGAAAGCUCCUCCUGUCAUUCAGGGGAUAGUGCAGAUGAACAGAAUGUGUUUCAGAACUACAAGUCCAGCAUUGACAUGGACAGGCUUCUCUGUUUACUGAAAAAGGAAAAUUCUGUGGGAGCCUCCCAGCUGUGGGCUGAUGAGAAAGUGAAAACAGCUGCCCCAUCACAGGAAACAAAUGUACCUGUCACUCCUACGACUGCUUCAUUGCCUUUGGAAGACACAGCCCUUAAUGCUACUAAUGUGGUCAGGAGAAUCCAAUCAAGGCUUCAGAAUGAGGAUGAGCAUGACGAGCACACUCCAGACUCCCCUUACAUUGCAAGACAAGUGCUGAACCCUAACUCAAGGAAGCACAAGCAAGUUUCAGGAAAAGUGAAAAGAAAACAAACUACACAGAUACCAUCUAAGCAAAAGAGGAAUGAUUGUCUUGCUAAUUCAAUCACCCUCAACCUCCCAAGCAGUAAUACAUCCAGCUUGGAUAUCCUGAAUCACAUGAUACAUGAAGUAGAGAAUGAGUUGGAGGAAUACGAGAGAUGUACUGGCCGCGAGGUCCAGAAAACACAGAAUUGUCAGGGUCUCACUGGGUUUACUUUGUCACUGGUGAAUGCUGUCUGUCGUCUGAUGCGCUACCUCAAAGAGAGUGAGAUACAGCUGCGUCAAGAAGUGGUGAUGAAGCAGAAGCUUGAGGGGGUUCUGAAUGAACACAGAGAGUUGAUUGAUGCUCUGACAGCUGAAAUCCUCUUAGUCAGGGAAGAAAGUAUUGCGACACAGAAACAACUACGGCAGUAUAUGGUGGUAACAGAUGAACAGCUCACUUCACUCACUUUAGCAUAUAAAAGCCUCCUUUUGACAGAUCCUAAGAGAGAACAGAGUCCAAACAGUCUUGGAAUUGCAAUCAAAGAUCCAACAAACAUCCAAGAGAGGUCUGUUUUGAAUUCCACUCUGCCCAAGACUUAUACUUGCAGAGACAAUAUGCUCAAAUUCCCACAAGAGGAACUGUCUGUCCAGCAUCCUCAGUGGUCAUGUCCCCCAGACACUGUAGGAGUGGGCAGCAGUUUGCCCAUGCAUGUGUUCCAGCCAGCUGUGUUGUUAUCACCACCUAGACAGAAAAGCAGCCAGGACUUCUCUCCUCUUCAGAAUGCACUGAACAGCACAGUUCAAACACAUUUUACCUCCCAGGUGUCUCCAUCUACCCAGAGCACUGAGAGGAGAGCAAGUGGGGAAAAGAGCUCACCUUCCUCUGUGGGAACACAGAGCAUAGAUGGGGAGAACCAUCUGCUUAUCCAAAGGUGGCAAGUUCCUCCCACAUCCAAGGACUCUGAGAGUUCUUUGCAAUCGCAUGGCCAGCCAGCGAGCAGUAUCUUCUCCUCUUUGGAUCAGGGGCAGGCCCCUGGUGUUACUGGGGAGGGGGCAAAGCCCAAUGCCACUGAAGAGUUUUCUCAGAACAAAGAUCUGCUGGGACAAAUCGCUGAGCUAACGCGGCAGAAUGCUCUCAUCAAAGCUCAGUUGAGCAAAUUCAAAGACUGCUCUCAAGAGGCAGGGGAUGGCCUGCACCAGCUAGGUACAGUGCAGAAUAUACACACUGCUCUAGAUCCAGCUACCCAGGGACAGACUUUUCCAGGAGUCUCAAAGAACUUGGAGGAGCGAAUAGCAGAGCUGAAUCGUCAGAGUGCAGAAGCCCGUGGAAAACUGCUGCAGCUGAUAGAACAGCAAAAAUUGGCUAGUGUCAGCACAGUCUCUCCAUCAAUCUCUCCUAUUCCACCACCACCCAUAAAUUGGACUGGAAAUGCAAAGAGGACAAUUGAGGUGUCUGUUCCAGUGGCAGAAGCUUUCAACAGCUCCAAAGAAGGCACUCCUUCCCCUGCCAGUGGGCCCAGUGCACAGAGGCACCACAUUGACCCUUCUCCAGUCCUCAGGGACCUGGCCAGAGCACCACAAGUGUUUGAACAGCUGUGCCAGCAGCUCAGCUAUGACACUGGCCAAUUCUUUCAGCAGCCAUGGAUGGAGGUCAUCCGGGCCUGCUGACUUGUACCCAUCCAGCUCCUCCAGGAGCUCCUUAAAUAUUUCAGAACUAACCAUAGGUUGACUGGUGCCAUGUGGACGUCCGUCAGUGAUCAAGGUGGGGGAAUUGGCUUGGUCGGUACAUAGAAAUACUGAAGUGAAGAACUCAUUGAAGAGCUCUUCUUUUUUUUCCCUGCAUCAACCACCGCGUCAUCUACAGUUAUGCUGUCUGUUAGCCAUUCCUGAUAUAAUGUCUCUUCUAUUUCACAGCUCUGCAGACUGUUUUUAGUUCUGACUAAAAAACUUAUCUCAGGUGUGGUAAUAUUAAGUCAAGUGUAGAAAUGACUGACAGUGAAGUACUGGAGCCACCGUCAAGAAGGCUAGAUUUUGUUUACAAAUCUGAAUAAGAACUGUACAUUUAACUAUGGUGACAAUAAGACUAGCGAAGCAAUAUCUUUUGAUUAUUUUCACAAAUUUUAGCCUAGCUUUUAUGUUUUUUUAACUUAAUAUAUAUUUUCUAACUAAUUAGUGCACAUUCCAAUAAAGUUGCAUUUGUUUUUGCUUUUAUUUUAAAUAGAAUAAUAUAGUGCUAAACCCCUAGCAUAUUAGGAAAGCUUAUAGUUUCUGUUUAACUGUAGAAAAAUGUGUGUUGUUAUUUGUGGUGAUGUACUAUGCCAUCUGUACCCCCUUUGCAAAAUCCCAGAUCUGCUCAUGGAGGAAGGUAACUCUGUUCUGGGCAUGAUGCAACAUAAGCCAACUAGCACUAGUUGCUGUUCACUUCCCCACCCCCCUGCUGUAUUCUAAGGCAAGGGUACCCAGAGUGUCACCCCUGAAGAGCCAUUUUAAAAGGGCAGUCCUGGGUGGUGGGUCACAUCGAAGGGGCUCAUGGCCGCAUUUUGGUAACCCUACAGGCACUAUAAUGUAAGAGUGGGGCUGGCUUUACUGUAUAGUAACAGGUUGACCUGAUGGACAGUAGCCCUCUUAACAGUAUGUUUGCGUAGUUAGUGGGGAAAGAAGUCUUCCCAUUUCUGUCACAAAGCUGGAUUUUCCCAAUCCAGCAGGGUUUUUUUCAUAGAAUCAUUGGAAAAAUAGGACUGGAUGGACCUCAGAAAGCUAUCUGAUCCAACUCCCUCCUCAGGGCACGCUGAUCCCUACCUAAAUAGUACCAGACAAGGCAUUGUUUAGCCUGCUCUUAAAAACUUAAAAUGGUGGCAAGCUCUCUAGUCAUCUGUUCAAAUGCUUGACCGUGGUCAUAGUAAAAAAAAUUUUCUCAAUUUCCAACCUAAACUCCCCUGUUUCAAUGCAAGACAGUUACUAUCCUGUCCCAUUCAAGCACAGAGAACAUUGUUUCAGGUAUUUGACUGUUAACAAAUCUCCCCUCAGGCUUCUCUUCCCCAAACUAAAGAAUCUCUGUUCUUUUGUCCUUGUUUUCCAUAUGCCAUGUUUCCUAGAUCAUCUCCACUCUUUCAAGUGGACUCUUUCUAGUUUGCCUGCCUUAGGCACUUCAGAAAUGUUCAUGACAAUGAUUUACAUGUUUUGCUAAAAGCUGUUUGCUUUGGUUAGUUGAUGCAGAGGUUUUUGACCUUGCCAUAGUAUUCACUUCCUCUUUCUUUCCCCACCUUAUAUAUA